UGGAUGUCAGGUAUAAUUAGCAAUCGAUAUGGAAAACGGCUCCUUCUCUCUUCCCCCUCCCCACGCAGGACCGCCUCUGACGUCACCCCCGCUCCCCGCCCCUGAUUGGUCCCCGGCCCCCCAACCCGGCGCCUCAUUAGGUGGAAGGCCUGAGCUGGGGAUAAAGUUGAAGCGCCCGUCCGGGGCGCCCUCCAGCAUGCGCCGCGCCGUGGAGCAGCCCACUCGCGUUCCCGCCGCGAGAGCCAGGCUCCGGCGGCGGGGGCGGCGGGGGCGGGGGCGGGAAGAAGAGAAAGAGCAGCCGCGCCGGGAAGCAUAGAAGCCGGGAAACCCACCCACCCAAAAAUCUCGCAAUCCCCCACGCGUGUUUCCCCCACGCGCGCGUGGAUCGCCCGGGUCGCCCCUCCCCCGCCUCCGAGGAUGGACAGCCGCCUCCUAGAGCACCCCCACGCCCCCUUCGGCGGGAUGGUGGGCUUCCCGUACCCACUCGCGCACCCCCACGUGUACGAACUGGCCGGGCACCAGCUCCAGGCCGCCGCCGCCGCCGCCGCCGCCGCCUCCGUGCCCUUCUCCAUCGACGGAUUACUCAACGGAUCCUGCGCCGCCGCCGCCGCCGCCUCCGUGGUCAACCCCACGCCGCUCCUCCCGCCGCCGCCCCACGCCUGCGGGGUCAACGGAGAGGGGCCCGGGCAGCCCUACAAGCUCUCCGACUCUGUGGAUCCGGAUAAGGAGAGUCCUGGCUGCAAAAGGCGCCGGACCAGGACGAAUUUCACGGGUUGGCAGCUGGAAGAAUUGGAAAAAGCCUUCAACGAGAGUCACUAUCCCGACGUGUUUAUGCGGGAGGCGCUGGCGCUCAGGCUGGAUUUAGUGGAAUCCAGAGUUCAGGUCUGGUUCCAGAACCGCCGGGCCAAGUGGCGGAAGAAGGAGAACACCAAGAAGGGUCCGGGGCGGCCGGCGCACAACUCGCACCCGACGACGUGCUCGGGGGAGCCGAUGGACCCGGAGGAGAUCGCGCGGAAGGAGCUGGAGAAGAUGGAGAAGAAGAAGCGGAAGCACGAGCGGAAGCUGCUCAAGAGCCAGGGGCGGGCGCUGCCCUCGCCGGGGGGCCUCUCCCUGCCCAGCAGCACCCAGAGCUCCGACAGCGACGGCGGGGGCGGGGGGCUCUCCCCGGACCCCCCCCUCCGAGCCCCCCAAGCCCUCCUCCUCCUCCUCCUCCGCCUCCUCCUCCUCCUCGUCCCUGCAGCACUUCUUCCCGCACAAGGACCCGGAGGGGGGCUCGGGACGGGCCCCGCUUCCUCCUCUUCCUCCUCCGCCCUCGUCGGGGAAGCCCAGCCCGUUCAGCGUGGAGAGCCUGCUCUCGGACUCGCCCCCACGGAGGAAAGCGGGCCACGCGGCGCCCGGCCCGGCCCUGCCCGCCCCCGGCGCCCCUUCGGCCACCCGCGCCCUCCUGGGCAAGGGCCACUUCCUCCUCUACCCCAUCACCCAGCCCCUCGGCUUCCUGGUGCCCCAGGCCGCGCUCAAGGCCCCCCACGAGCCCGCCCACGCGCCCGCCCACGCCCGCCAAGAGCCCGACCCCGCGCCCCAGGGCUCCCCCCGGAGGAGGAGCACGCCCUCCCCCUCCCCGCCCCCCGCCUCCCCGCACCCCACGCCCCCCACGCGCGACUCUUCUUCCCAGGUGGACACGGGACGCCCGCCUCCCCCCACGCGGGACUCGUCGUCUCCUCAGAGCCUCCACGACGCCGACGCCGCCAACACCGAGAGCCAGAGCAGCCACGCAGACUGUGCUCAUUAAGAAUUUAUCAUGGGCAAGGAAGAGAGAGGAAGAAAGAAAGAAAGAAAGAGGAAGCGAGGAAGAUGGAGACCAAAUUCUUCACUUCGUGCCUUUUAAUUUCCACCGCAGGGCAUUCGGAAGGUUAAAAAGAACGGAAAAUGACAUAUAUUUUGGAGGAGAAGGAAGGGAAAGACAAGAAGGGAAAUCCUGCACCAGAAUCCUGCAUUAUUAUUAUUAUUAAAAACAAAUUACCGUAUAUACUUGAGUAUAAGCCGACCCGAAUAUAAGCCGAGGCCUGAAUAUAUUGCACAAGAUUUCCCUAGCCUAAAAUGAUACAUUUUAAUAUAUUGGUUUUAUGGUUCCCGUCCCCUUGAUCUGGUCAUGUAAGUGUGAUUUAUUGUUAUAAUUGUAUUAUUUUACUUUGUUUAAUAAUGUGUAUUAUGUUGUUAUGUAAUGUUUGUGUUGCUUUUAUGACUGUAAACCGCCCUGAGUCCCAUCCGGGAGAUAGGGCGGUAUAUAAAUAAAGUUUUAUUAUUAUUAUUAUUAUUAUUAUUAUUAUUAUUAUUAUUAUUAUUAUUAAUUUUACCACAAAAACCUGGGAAAACAUUGACUCCAGUAUAAGCCAAGAUACCAAUAAAAUUACCGUAUAUACUUGAGUAUAAGCCGACCCGAAUAUAAGCCGAGGCACCUAAUUUUACCACCAAAAAAACUGGGAAAACAUUGACUCCAGUAUAAGCCAAGAUACCAAUAAAAUUACCAUAUAUACUUGAGUAUAAGCCGACCCGAAUAUAAGCCGAGGCACCUAAUUUUACCACCAAAAAAAACUGGGAAAACAUUGACUCCAGUAUAAGCCGAGGGUGGGAAAUUUCAGAAAUAAAAAUAGAUACCAAUAAAAUUACAUUAAUUGAGGCAUCGGUAGGUUAAAUGCUUUUGAAUAUUUACACAAAGCUCAAAUUUAAGAUAAGACUGUCCAACUCUGAUCAAAUCAUUAUUCUCAUCGUCUUCAAUGUAAAUGUGUUUAUGUAUCCUUUUAAUAAUAAUAGAGUGAAAUAAUAAAUGUAAUAAUAAUAAUAGUAAAUGCAGUAAAAUAAUAAAUGUACAGUAGAGUCUCACUUAUCCAACAUAAACGGGCUGGUAGAACGUUGGAUAAGUGAAUAUGUUGGAUAAUAAGGAGGGAUUAAUGAAAAGCCUAUUAAACAUUAAAUUAUAUUAUGAUUUUACAAAUUAAGCACCAAAACAUCAUGUUUAACAACAAAUUUGACAGAAAAAGUAUUUCAAUAUGCAGUAAUGCCAUGUAGUAAUGACUGUAUUUAUAAAAUUAGCACCAAAAAAUCACGAUAUAUUGAAAAUAUUGACUACAAAAAUGCGUUGGAUAAUCCAGAACGUUGGAUAAGCGAGACUCUACUGUACCAAUAAAAUUACAUUAAUUGAGGCAUUGGUAGGUUAAAUGUUUUUGAAUAUUUACAUAAAGCUCAAAUUUAAGAUAAGACUGUCCAACUCUGAUCAAUUCUCAUCUUCUUCAAUGUAAAUGUGCUUGUGUAUCCUUAUAAUAAUAAUAGAGUGAAAUAAUAAAUGUAAUAAUAAUAAUAACAAUAAAUGCAGUAAAGUAAUAAAUGUAAUAAUAGAGUAAAAUAAUAAAUGUAUUAAUCAUAAUAAAAAUAGAGUAAAAUCAAUGUAAAAGUAACAACAAUCAUAGAGUAAAAUAAUAAAUGUAAUAAUAAUAAUUAAUAGAGUAAAAUAAUAAAUGUAACAAUACCAAUAAUACCAAUACCAAUAAUAAUAGAGAAAUAGAGCAGCAACCAAUAAUAAUAGAGAAAAAUAAUAAAUAUACCAUAUAUACCUGAAUAUAAGACUUGGCUUUGUGAGCAAGCUUUUGAUGAAUGAAUUCUGUUGGCUUCGACUCGGUCCGGAUUAUGGUUCAUGUCCAAGGUUUUGCGGACGAAUGGUGCAAGUGUAAUAUUCUAUUGUUUUAAAUGUAUUUAUUGUAUUUUGUUAAAUUAUCCAAUUGUUUUAAUUGCUUAUGUUUUAUCUUUUUGUAUUGUAUAUUGGCAUUGAAUUUUUGACAGACCAUGAGCCACCCUGAAUCCCUUCGGGUGAGAAGGGCGGGAUAGAAAUGAGGGAAAUAAAUAAAAAAAAUAUAAGCCGACCUGAAUAUAAGUUCACCAGGACCCUCACCCGAGUAUAAGCCGAGGAGGUUUUUUUCAGUCCUAAAAAAGGGCUGUAAAACCAGGCUUAUACUCGAGUAUAUACAAUAAUUUGUGAAUAUGUGAGACAAUAAGGUCCUUGGGACAAUCCUUUUGUCCUUGUUGGCUUAUCUAGUUGCAGAACCUUCAAAAGACGGACCAUAUUUGAGUUCUUCUGGACCACUGGUGGUCCAUAGACCACAGGUUGGGAACCACUGUCCUACUGCCAUGGAAUGAAAGCCGUUGAGAACUUUGUUGGAGUAUGGUUGUAUUUGUAUGAAAUGUAAAUCAAGUGUUUACUGCUGAUGAGCUAGAGUGUGUUUUUUCAGUAAUGAAAUAGUUAACAGCAGGCUAGUUUUGACUGACAGCCUGUCGUGAUUACUGUGACCUAUGAGGCUUUGAUUUCCGGCCUUUGAGGGUUGGAACUUCCUCCGGACUGAGGAAUGUUGUUAUCUUAUCUGUGGUGUUUGGCUUGAGCAUUCUCUGAAGAUGGACUAUGAAUGCUAUGCUCUGAAGCCGAGAAUUGCAAACUGUAAAUAGACAUGUAAAUAAAGUUAAACAACAGUUGGA